ACCUGCCCUGUGCACCGCUGUAACAACACCAUUAAACCACUGCCAACCGGCGCUCAAUUGACUAGGAAACACCAUCCCGCUGAAGGAAGGCGGUGUCCGUCACCCAAUGCCGGGGACGUUUUGUUGACAUUUCAGGUCCCGUCCCGAAGCCGAGGAAACCCCCCCGCCUCCGAAUCACGGAACGGCAGUCCCACUUCCACGACACCACCUCACUGGGCCACAGGAAUCAGCGUCUUAGGCCCGAGAUCAGCGAAUUAUGAAGCCCAAAAUGGCCGUUAUCUCUCUUCGUAAUGCUGUUACCUCUGUUCCCAAGGGGCAUCUUCGACGCAAUGCGCCUAUAACUGCUCUUGUUGUUCAUCGUCGCUUCGGCUUUUCACACUCUCUCAUUACGUUUGUACAACAAAGACCAAAUCGUACAUUCGCUACAACCUCUUGCCCGUGUCACAACCAACCGAAAUACUCCAAAUCGCCUUUCGAUAUUCCUACUCUCGGUUGCGAAACCCGGGAAGGAAAGGCUCAGAUCAUGGGUGACAACGCUCUACUGCCAUCCGAGCCGCCGGCAAAUGAUCCGAACCCGAACCCGGCCCCAGUCUCGGUAAAGGAAGAGGAGAACCCUUUCCCUCUUACGGCUGUCGACAAGUGGGUGCUGUCACAGACAGAUGAGGAAUUCAAGUAUCACUCAUGGAGUGAACUGCGCGUUCUUAUCCAAAACAACGACCUCUCCGUCCUCAAACGCAAGCCGUCCGAUCUCCGGCGCUAUAUGAAAUGGACAGCCGAGACCAAGGCUUCGUACGGCAGCAUGACCAACUACCUCCUCGCCCACCGCCUGCCCAAGACAUGGGGCGCACCCCCCUUCACGCCCGUCUCUGACGUCCCCUUCGCCGAACCCUCCGACUACUGCGUCCUGCUGAAUGACUGGCCGUACGGCUUCGAACCGGGCAUCAUCCACAUGGUGGUGUGGACGCGCACGCCCAUCGCGGUGGAUGAUAACAAGGGCGAUAUGACGCCUGAGAGCCGCAAGAUCGUCGGUGAUUUCGUGAAGCAGUACUUUGUAGAUCGGCUGGGUCCAGGUGGUGAGGAAAAAGUGCUGUAUUUCAAGAACUGGGUGGCGUUGCAAAGCGUGAGAGCGCUGGAACAUGUUCAUGUGUUGGUAAAGGAUGUUGAUCCGGUGCUAAUCGAGGAGUGGACCAAGGAGCAGGAGUGGCAUAAGGCGUAGGUGACCGAGGUGGUAGUUGGCAAUGGCGGUGAUGUGUGUAGUUGAGAGAAAGUAGAAUAGAA